AUGCCCACUGCUAUGCGCACCGCCAUCAUCGCUGUCGUGCACCUUGCGCUCACGUGGGUGCUGCUGGGCUACAUUGCAGAUUCAGCCAUGCCCUUCUACGCGUACUGCGCGGGGGGCAAUGACACUGCCGCUGCAGUCAGUGGCACCUUUGUUUUCGCAGCUGCGACGCACGACUGGGGCCAGUGGCCACUUUUCCUCAGGUCGAACCAGGAGGCGUACAUGGCGCAGCUCGCUCAGCAUCAGUGCGCCAUGUCGGCUUCCGAUGCUGCCACUCUCAAUAGUCGCGUGGUGCAGCGCAGCAGCGUGUUCCACCUCACGCUCGCCAUCAUCACGUACGUAUUGCUGAGGUUCGUCGUUACGGCCCCGUACGGCCGCCAUGCCGAGGGACUCGGCCUUCGUCUUACUCUCCCCUCGCGCCUCAGCUGGAUGCUGCAGGAGAGUCCGGCUAUUUUGCAGGUCCUCUACCACGUUCUGCUGGAGUACCCGCGCGUCAUGGGGCACGGCUUUUCACUGUCAUCAAAGUGGUCGUUGUCCUCCUCCACCCCUGGCUGGAUUGUUGCUGGGGUAGCUGGCAGGGAUUCCUCGGUGGACACCUGUCAGUCCUACUGGGGCUGUGUGUGGACGGCCUGCACGCAGCAGCACCUUGGGCUUCUUCUCUUUUCGAUCCACUACGUCCACCGCAGCUGGUGCUAUCCGCUGUCGAUCCCGGCCAGCGCGCAUGGUGUGCCGCUCGCUCUUACGUGGAUGGCAACCCUGUACUGUCUCUUCAAUGGUCGUCUACAGGUGCUGGCGAGCGCAGGCGCGGCCGUCGCGGCCUGUCCAACUGGCACUGCAACGUGGUCGUCGGCCUGCGCUCCCGCGUACACGCCAUCGAUGAGCUUUGUGCGGUGUUGGCGCAAGCGCCAUGAGCUGCAGUCAUCUUUCAGUGCCUCCUCUGUGGGAGCUGCUGCUGUUCACAUUGCCUGGUGGUUUCUCUUGUUCCUCUACACUGUUGGCGUCUUUGGUGGCUCGGCACUGUUCUUCGCUGGACAGAGGAUCAACAUGCAGGCAGACUACUACUUGAUCGCUCUGCGUCGCCGUGGCGAAGACAACAUCAGCGACGACCGCAGCAAGCCUGUGGGGCAAAGUGCGGCCAGUCUGGACGGAGAUGUAUUAGUAUCGUCAUCGUCUGGGGCGUCUCGUGCCGCUCAGCAACGCAGCAGAGGUGGCGGCUAUCGCAUCCCUGUCAGCGGCUGGUUCGACUGCGUCAGCUGCGCGAACUUCUUUGGCGAGCUUGUCGAGUGGACAGGCUACGUCAUCGUCGUUUCGGCGACGUCUGCCGCUAGCAAUGGCAGCUGUCACUCCGUUGCGACUGCCCUCGAGGAUGAACUGCUGCGGCCGCUCUCGUCGUCGUCUUGGUGGUCACUCAUGAACCCAAUGAUGUGGUUGCGUCUCGUUAUGCGAGUAUUCUGCAGCGGGGCGGAGUCGCACCCGGCAGCGUUGGCGGCGUUCAGCUUCCUCGUGUACGUCUUCAGCAACUUAGCCCCGCGUGCGGUGGCGCAUCAUGCCUGGUACGCCAAGACGUUCGGCGAUCGCUACACGAGGCUCGGCCGCAAGGCGCUUCUACCAGGGGUGUACUAG